AUGUUAAACCAUCAGCUCCGUCCAACUGGAUCUGCGCCAUUCCCUGAAGCGAAUGUUGCGUCAUCCAGUCACACUAAAAAGCCUGAACAUGAACGCAGACACGGCAAAGGCCGUGUCGCGGUCGAGGUCGUGGACGUGGAAGAGAAAGUGAUGAUGAUCGAGCGGGCAUCACAACAAGCCAAAAAUAAGGAUGCAAAGACAAACUUCAUCUCUGAUGAACCUGGUCCAUCCUUUGAUGGCUUAAGUGAUGAUUUUCAUCUGGAUGUCGCCGACUAUCUCGUUGAUCCUGAAGAAUCAACUGAGCCAAAGAAAGUUAAAUCAAUGAUAGUGUCUUCGUAA